UAACCCUCUGAGCCGCAGAGCUCGUGCAGUAACGGCCAGGUACGCUAGCGCCCUGCCUCCCUGAGCACGCAGCAGCUAACGGGGCCUUUCGAGUGCUGGACCGAAAAAUAGCUAAUUUUUCAGCAAACCGGCGGCCAUGGCGGCUGAAGCGGAGAAGGUGGAGCCCGCGGACAGCGAACAAGAGGAGGAAGUAGAAGAUGUGUACGAAGUGGAGCGGAUCAUUGACAUGCGGGUGGAAGAGGGUGAAGUGCUCUACAGAGUCCGUUGGAAGAACUACUGCUCUGACGAUGACACUUGGGAGCCAGAGGCCCAUUUGGAGGACUGUCGCGAGGUCCUUUUAGCCUUUAAGAAGUCCAUGGCUGAAAUCAAGGCCAAGAAAGAGGCUGAAGCCAAGAAGACUGUGAAGCUGCUGCCCACAAAAAGCGAUGUGUUUGAUGCAGACUCUGAAAGUGACAGUGACAAAGAACGUCCGACAGAGGCGCCCGUCAAGAAGAAGAAGAAAAAAAAGACAAAGGUCCGGGAAGAGGAAGAAGAUGAGCCACCUCCGAAGGAGAAGAAGAAAAAGAAGAAAGAUAAACGGAAGGAGGAUUUCAGGCCUCUGCCGGCACCAGAGACAGAUGAGGAAGAGGAGAGAGCCCCGACUCCACCCUCUCCUCCGAAAGAGAAAAAGACUGAUUCAAAAAAGCGGCUUGUCGACUCUGAGGAGGACGACGAUGAGCCUGUUCCCUCCAAAAAACACAAGAAGGAAAAGGGAAAAGAGGGAGGAAAGCACAAGAGAGAGAAGGGAGAGGAGGGGAAGAAAAAGAAAGGGAAGAGGGACAGGAAGAUUGAAACCUCUGAAGACGAGGCCAAUGCACCUCUGGAGGACGAGCCGAGCGACGGCCCGUCAGAGUCCCAAAUGGACGAUAGUGCAUCAACAGACACUGCAGCAAAGUCAGCCGAAAAAGCACGAUUGGACGACAAGUCCAAGCAGAAGAAGGGGAAGUGGGAGGUGAAGCUGCAGGGCAUUAAGGACCUCAUCAGUGACAAGAAGAGCAAAAAACCAGAAGCUGCCCAGAAAGAAAGCAGCCUCCAAAAACUAAAGAGCCUCACCACUAAAGUCAAAGAGGACGCCGCCCCACACUCAGACUCCAGCGAUAGCUCCAUCUUACACAAGAAGGCUAAGAGCAAAGGGCAGGACAGCACGUCGGCACCACCCAAGGUCCCGUCUUCCUCCACGUCCUCAUCGUCCUCCACGUCUUCUGUCACAGCGGCCAGCAGCACCAAGGUGAAGGAGGAUGAGGUGGCUAAAGAGGAGGUGCUAGGACAGAAGGACGCCACGGGCUCCACUAACCUGUUUGAGAAGUUCUUGUUAAACUGUGAGGCUAAGGACCGCGCCCCCCGCAGGCAGCCAGUGCAUCAGCCCCCUGCAGAUAAGAUCAGCAGCAAACCUUCAAAGCUUUUAGGAAAGAUUGAGAAGAUCCCCAAGACAACCAAAGAGUCUCCAGCUCAGAAACCAGAGCCUGAGAAGACGGAGAAGACCAAGCAAUCAGAUGUCUCCAGACCUGGCCAGAGUUACGGCUUCAGCCUGGACAGCGACGAGAGGGAAGCAGAGGAGCCCGCGGCGAAGCCGAAACCUGGAGAGGAUUCCCGGGAGCGGAAAGAGAGGCCAGAGGAAUCGCAGCGGCCCGGCUGGGAGAGGAAGACCCCGGGAGAGGAAAGGAGGAAAAGGAGAGAGGACAGUGAGCCCAGACUCUUCAUGGCAUGUGAUGACAAUCAGGACACCCAGGACCCUCCAGAGUGCGCUGACAAAUCUGACAAGGGCCAAGCCACUCUGAGUUUAGGAAUGGACCUCAACCUGGACUGGAUGACUCUGGACGACUUCCAGAAACAUCUGAACGGCGAAGAUGAGAUCCUGUCGGGUGCACCGUUAUCACCAAGUGAGUUGCGGGAUGCUGUGAAAAGUGGAGACUACAUGGCUGUAAAACUGGCACUAAAUUCCAAAGAGGACUACAAUCUGGACCAAGAGGCCUGUACUAUUGGUGAGACAAGGUCAUUUGAAGGAGAAAGGAGCUUGAUUGAAGAGAGAAGUUCGAGCGAUGCUCUUAGGUUGACCCCUAACCUUGACAGUGCCACAAAUGACGAGGGUACUCCAAGAGUAAACGAAAAUAUCCCACAAGAUUUGGAUGGUCCAAAAGAUGGCGAAAAAACGCCAAGCAGCCCUGCCAGUAUAAACACUGAUCAAAUGACAGAGAGGGAACAUGAAAAGAUCCAAAAUCGUGAUGAGGAUAUAACUGAAUCCCAAAACACUACUUGUGAUUCAGCUGCAGAGCAGGAAAGUCAAGGAAAUGAAGACCAGAGGCAAUCACAGGAAGACGAGAUGUCAGACGAUACAAAUGGUGGUUUAUCAAGUGAAUUGAGUUUGAACUUUGAUCAUUCAGAUCCAUCCAGAAAUGCAGAAGAGAUACUGACAAGGGACGAUGAUAAAACAGAACAGAAGAGCUUAGAUGAAGAACAAAGGUCCCCUGAGGAAGCAAAUGACUCAAGUGAUGAGGCAGAGGAUGUGGUGGCAGGUCAAUCAGAUGGUACAGAUCAAGUUCAGUCUGAGUCGGGCACAAAGGAGAUUCCUAAACGGCGAUCACGGCGCCGCAGGAACACUUUGGAGAAUAAACAACCAACACGAUCCAGUUUAAGGACCUGUAAGAAAGUGAUUGAGACGACACCUAGCAAAGCAGAAGAUGAGAAAAAAGAGACAUGCAAAAAACACUUUUGUUUGUAUUGCAAAAUGGCUUUCACCCAACUUGCAAAGCAUUUAGAAAGGAAACAUGCGGAGGAAACAGAUGUUGCGCAUGCAAUACACUUUCCCAAAGGUUCCAAAGUCAGACAGAGUUUGCUUGACCAGAUUCGCAAUAAAGGAGAUUAUGAACAUAAUUGCCAAGUUCUUAAAAGUGGCGAGGGGGAAAUUGUGACCAAGAAACAGGUGAAAAAUCCCAGCAUAUCUGUUCGAGACUUCCUGCCUUGUCAGCAUUGCUUUGCCUUUUAUCGCAAAACUGAUUUAUGGAGACAUGAGCGGUCAUGUAAGGCCAGAAAGGGAGAUCAGAAAUCCUCCGAAAGGACAAAAGGAAGCAGAGUCCACAGUGCUGCCUCUCGGCUACUUCCAAUGUCAGAGUUCUUAACGGGAGGCUGUGAGGAAAUCAUCCACAUCAUGCAUCAAGAUGACAUCUCGAGGCAUAUCAGAAAUGACCCACUUAUCUGUAAAUAUGGGAAUGCGUUGUCUGCUAAAUAUGACCAUGACAAGUCUCAGUUUGCUUACAUUGCACAAAAGAUGAGGGAACUGGGCAGAUUUGUGCUUGCUGUAAGUGAGCUUGACAAGAGUGUGAAGUACUUGCAUGAAAUAUGUCAGCCAUCCAGAUUUGAAUUAGCAGUUGAGGGGGCCAAAAAAGUUAGUGGUUUUGAUCCCAGUUCCAGUAAGUUUAAAACCGUUUCCCUUGUCUCAAAGAUUGGCUAUUCAUUGAAACGAGCUGCAGAAAUCGCUUUCGGGGAAAGUCGCAUGACGGAGGACAGUGAAACUGAAAGUGAAGUGAAGAAGUUCAUACAACUUCUCGACACAAAAUGGAGUGCCUGCUUUUCUCGCAAAGCUCUUGCAUUAUCUGUCAAGCAAGAAGUCAAGAAGGUCGAAGUGGACAAAUCAACUGUGACAGAAGAUUUAAUAAAACUGCAUAGGUUCAUCACAGGAGAAGAAGAGGAAGCCAGGAGGGAGCUGAAAGAAAGUCCUAAUCUGUCAACAUGGAAAAAGCUCAGUGAGGCCACUCUGGCAGACGUGUGUCUGUUCAACAGAGGAAGGGUGGGAAAUAUUGGUAGGAUGCUCUUGCAGACUUACACUUGCAAAAAGAGAAUGGGAACAUUUGUGCCCUCUGCAGAUCAAAUAAAGAAAUGCACAAAACUAGAGCUGGACCUCGGUGCUAGUCUCACCAGGUUAGAACUAGAGGGUCAGUAUGGGAGGAACAUGCUGGUUCUGCUAACAGACAGGAUGGUUUUGUCAAUCGAUCUACUCAUUGAAAAUCGAGAACACGCAGGUGUGUCAAAGACUAACCCAUACCUGUUUGCACGGACUGAAGGUCCCUCCUUCAUCAGAGGAUUGGAUUGUUUCCGAAGGUCAGCAAUGGAGUGUGGCGUUAAAAACCCAGAAGCACUUCUGUCCUCAUCGUUAAGAGAGCAAAUUGCCAGCUGCUGGCAGCUAAUGAGCCUCAAUGAACACGAAAUGGAACAAGUGGCCAGGCUGCUGGGAAAGAGCAGCCAGGAAUGUUACAGGCUCACAAAAAGUGCAUCGCAGCUGGAGGAAGUAAGCAAACAGCUUCUCAAGAUGGAUCGAACGCUGCCAACAAGUCCACCCAGCAGCACUGCAAAAGAUGGAGCUGCGCAGAAGUCGGCAUUAAAGAGAAGACCUUGGAGUGAGAUGGAGCAGGCUGCAGUGAGGCGCUGCUUGAGUGAAUUCAUCACAGGGAUGAAGGUUCCAGGCAAAAAGGAGUGCAAUGCUUGCAUAGCUGCUGAACCAGAUCUCGGUGGAAGAUCUUGGACAGAUGUCAAAAACUACGUACACAACACACUACAGACGAUAAGGAGGAGAAAUAACCAGCACAAAUCUGAAGGGAAUGUAAACGAGAGUCCAAAGAGUUCCAAAGCUGGAGCCCGAACCGCAAAGAAAGAUUUGGAAGACUCGAGCACUGUCUGUAGUAUGACGACAGUGCAUCCGGAUCACCUGACAGAAAGUUCAAAUUGUUGCAUGACAAUGGCUCCAACCAACUUCCCCCAAGAGAUGACUCCAACUUAUGCAUCCUUAUGUUCUACUAGUACAAACAUGAUCCAUACAACUCAAACGUUGAUGUCUACUUUCACACCAUUGAAUGCUACUGAUACACAAGUGGUUCCUACAUUUACGCCACACAACACUACGAACGCACUCAUGCCUCCUGCAUACACAUCAGAGAACAACAUACUUAUGCCAUUGUCUCCAUCUUAUACACAGAAUGCCACUGGUAUGCCACCAUCUUCUGUGUAUACACCCCAGGACACUACUGGUUCACCAAUGAUUCCCAACUUUAGCACCCUUACUGCUCCGAGCACCUCAAUGGUUCCUACAUUUACGCCAUUGAAUACAAGUACACCAAUGGUCCCUCCAUUCUCACCACUAAACACAAGUAGGCCUAUUGUUUCUUCAUUCACACCUCUGAACCAUCCAAGUACACCAGCUUACCCCACAGGCCUGCCGCCUAGGGCUCCGACAAGUGCACAGGUUGUCCCCACAAUCCAUAGACCAAAUGUUCCUGACAGAACGCCAGUGGCACAGGAAAGUAUGCCGGCUGCAGGGAAACGAGUUACUCCAGCGGCCAAGCCUCAAAAGAGAGUCAAGAGGCUGUGGAGUGAGGAGGAGCAGGCUGCAGUGAGGCGUCAGCUUGGAGACUUCUGCAAACUGGUCAAAGUGCCAGGCAAAAAGGAUUGUGAUGCAUGUUUAGCUGCUGAGCCUGCCUUGAACAGCAGAACAUGGAGGGAAGUCAAAUAUUUUGUACACAACUCAAUUCAGUCGAUGAAAAGAAGAGGGCAUGUUGUCGCCUCCAAACAAAGUGGAGGACAGGAACCAGAGACUCAAAAUAAUCCGAACACAGAGUGGGAUGGUCCUGUGUAUUUGUCACUGUAAAUAUUUGUAAUCGACUUCCAAAAAAAACAAUAAGUGAUCAGUGCGAUAUUAGAGGUGUGCGUGGGCUAUGCCUUAAACCUCAAAUUAAAUGGGGCUUAAGAAUUCAGCAGAUGUGAGUUGUUGUAAAAUGUACUGUCAGUGAACCUUGGAUCUUGACAGCGGUACAGACUUGCCCUGCCAUUCUUUUUGUCACACUUUUUUGAAAAGUUCCUGAAGUAUUAAGAAUCAAGUCCACUGGACCAAGCUGUUGGUGUACUGUUGCAUGAAUAAACACUAAAUGAGUGGAACUGAGGAUGUUUGUACUGUAGCUUUGGCUCACAAAAUGGCUGAUAUUGAUGUUUUAAUAUGGUUCGAUUGCAUAUAAACGUACGUAACACUGUCACUUUGUCAGUUCAUCACAGGUUUUCUCUAGAAAGUGCUCCAAUUUAGGUGUGUGAUCAUUUAGUAAAUGUAAACCUCAUUUUGCCAGGAUUUGCAACCUGCCAUCAGUCAUCGGCUGUGGCAAGUAGCCACUGUGGCACCCAAACACGCUUUCACAAUUUCAAACACACAAUGUUCGUGAAACUGUUGAAAGCAAUGGCUAAAUUGUUUGGGACUCCCCAGCCACCGUGACCAGGGCAUUGCUAGCCUCAGUGACUGUACAUUUCCAGAGGAAUUUCUACUCUUCUUAACUUCAAAACUUGCGUAGACAUCUAUCUUUCUGCCUGUACUGUUUUCGGUAGCAUUUUUAUCAAUUUUGAUGAUAAAAAAAAAAGAAAAGAAAACCUACCAGCAAAUCUUUGCAUCCAGUCCCUCCAACAUGAUAAAUGUGCGUAGACUUGCUUCACAUGAUUCCCAAAUGCCUGGCCCAGUUGUACUGUAUUCUUGCUUUAGCCAGUAGCCUAUAUUGUAGAUGGCCCCUGAUAGCCUGCAGCAGUUAUGGCAUACCUUCCAUGCUGAUGUUAGAGACUUAGGAGCUCCAUGUGUAUACCUCUCACUUAAAUAUGAAAAACAUUUGUUUUCUUCAAGGAUCAUGUCGAUAAAUGUCCAUCCUUCAUUUAUAUGUUUUUAUUUUUUUCCAUGUGUAUUAACAAGCUGCCGAAAGGUUUGGUUGUGUUUUUGUAUCACUAUACAGCAACUGUGUAGAACAUUUUAGGACUUAAUUGUAUUUGAUAUACUCUAAUUUGGGGUAAAUACACUACAUUUGUCUCAUUUGUAUUCCUUAUUUUUAAGCUUGUAUUAUCUUGAUGUUUGUGACAUUGAUGUCCGCUUGCCAAGAUCAGAUUGCCUUAUUAUGUUGCUUGAUCACAUUUUUUCCUUAUUCAUGUUGAUUACAUGUAACACACAGCAUAGCAACUGCAGUUUUUUGUUUAAGCAAUAUCACAAAAGUGAUAAUCAAAAAUGAAGACAUUUCUUUACAUUUUUAGACUGUAUGUAACGAUGGGCGUCACGUUUCCUCCUAUUGUACACAAGUUAGCUAAAAUAUUCUGGAUGCGGCCGCUACCAUCUUUCGCUGAUGGCGCCAUUUGGAGUCUGCAAAGUAGAGAUCUCCAUGGUAUCUAGUUCCUGCGCAUACACCCGUCCAUCUAAUUGCAAGCAACAACAUUGAUCACGGGCACGCACAGCUGUUCAUGACAUCUCAUCCCCAUUUUAUAGCACUGAAUAACAAAUUACAACUAAACUUAUUAGCGAAACAAGCACUUGAAUAUAUAUUAGGAUGUCAAGAAUGUUCGGGAAAAAUUUAAUUUAUUUGACGUGCACUUAAAGUUUUUAGCUUGGCCCACAUCCCAUCCAGUAACAUGGAGGGCACGGGUUUUUUUUAUUUACACCGAGCCAGCCACCAGGGGGCGAAUGGGAUUUUUGGCUUCACUUUUGAGGAGCAAUCAUCUCGUUCAUCUUUAUAUACAGUCUGUAGUAUAGAUUGGUGAAAUUUUGAGUGUACCAGACAUUAGACAUUGAAUGAAUCUGUUUCUUUCCUUUUGGAUUGUACAAAAAAAAUGCUCAUUUCAACGUAAGCCGAACCUCUGUUUGGUUUAUUUCUGUCACGUUCAAACCUUGUUGAAAGUUAGAAACAAGAUACUGAACAUGGUUUCAACCUGCAUUUACCAUUAGCAGACUGCUGGUCACACUGGGAUAUCGUUUUAGGCAAUACUAAAUAAAUUAGAUAUGCCUUUGAAAUGAAUCCUGAAAUAAAUAAAUUAGGUAAUAACUAUUUAAGUAAAUGUAAAUUCUUGCCUCAUUUGUGGAAAAGUAAGUCUAUCAAAUUCAGUGCCCCAUAUUGCUCUUUUCCAAGCUGUUAGGUCAGACCUGAAUGAGACUGAAUUUGUGCGUUACCACCCCUGUUUCAUCUGAAUAUAAGAAAUUAAAAUAAAAAGAGCUGGGAAAUUUUGACUUUGGCAUUUUGAAAUAAAAGUCCCCAGAAAUAAAUAGGUUGUUUGAAAAAUUUGCUGUGUUUGAUACUUUUUAAUGUUUUAUUUAUUAAUUUUAAAAGCUUUUUAUUUAGUCAUAUUUACAUUUCUUUAUGAUUUUGUUGCACAUUCAUUUUAGGAUAUUUUUCAUACCCAUAUAUAUAUACCCAUAUGUAUUUCUUAGGCAUAUUGAUUUUAUUGACUAAAACGACAUUCCAUAGGUCACAGGCUUUGUGACUGUAGUCUUGCCAUACAGGGUCCAUCACAUUUCAGUUUCAGAACUUGGUCACUGCAGUGUUUAUUCUAUCCUGGAUGUUCAAUAAGGUGUUCAGAUCUGUUGUUUGUUCGGGUCAGUCGGCUCUGUCGAUGUCUUCACGAAGAACGUUCAGCCUUCAGUAGUUCUCACAAUUUCCUAUCUGAUCCAAAUGAGCUGAAGUUGUGGUUUAGAGUUCCAGAUGACACUACUGCUGUUUGUCACGGACAAAAUAUUUUGUGUUAUCCUUAGUAGCAGCUGUAGUGAAUGUGUUUAGAGUAACCAGUGUUCACCCUUUCAUACCAAAGCCAUUCAGUGUCAGACUUGCAGAAAACUCUGACUGUGAUAACCCAUGUUAACUCAUUCACACCAAUGGAAAACGGGUUAAUCCUGUGUUGUUGCUUCCUUGUGAAAGAGGUAUAUCUGUGUUGCAGUAUAUACAGUAGUUAGGGUGAAACCCCAGAUACAGUAGUGUUUGGAAAAUUAAUCUGUUCAUGGUCCAUGAUGGUUUCUGUUCGUUCAGACACUACCAUUACUGUUUAGUGUUGCAAAGCAACAUUUAUUUUCCCUGUAUAGUAGAUACUGUAGCUUUCUUUCAUUGUUCUUGUAUAAGCACACAGCGUGUUACUCUCCAUCCUUGUAAUUAUGUUGCCUUCAGUUAAUGCUUCUUAUCAAGUACUGUAAGGAACUUAUAACUUCAGCUUGUACAAUAAAAUGCUU